AUGGAUUCAAACAAUAAUCCUAGUCAGUCUCAAUCAUACUUUAGUCUUCUUAACUUCCCUUAUGAUAGAUUCUCUCCCAGUGUAAACUUCUCCUCUUCUCAAACCCAAACCCCUUUUCUUAGUUCACAACCGAGUUCCCAGCCGAGUCAACCUCCUAGUCAAGCAGAAGAGACACCAGAAGAGCGUAGAGAGAGAAGGAUAUGGUCCACACAAGAUGACUUAGUCCUAAUAAGUGGCUGGUUAAACACAUCGAAGGAUUCCAUUGUUGGCAAUGACCAAAGGGGUGGGUGCUUUUGGAAGCGUAUAGCCAAUUAUUAUGCAUCAAGUACUCAUGUACUUGAUGGUGCUGAGCCAAGAAACCAUGAGCAUUGUAGACAACGGUGGCAAAAGAUUUCUCGCGAAGUGAGCAGGUUCUGUGGAACCUAUGCAGAUGCAAAGGGUGAGAAAGCUAGUGGGAUGAAUGAUUUGGACAUUCUGCAGAAUGCUCACCAAAUCUUCACUUUGCUGUAUAAGAAGAAGUUUGGUUUGGAGUAA